GCCGAUGAACAUGGCUGCCGCCAGCCAGUCAGCCAGACAUUUGUUUCCAGUCAAACAUUGUGGAAUCUGUUCUUUCAUACCCAAAACCCUGUCGAAAGCUUAGACAUUAAUCAUAUAAAAAUUAAACAGGAUAGAUGUAGUCUGCUAAAACUUCAUUAUCUGUUCCCAUUACAAAGUCUUCAACUUCUUCCAAAGUCUUCCUAGGUUGCAGUCAUAGAUGUCAGUCCAGUCCCACCAUUGUUUCUCCUUCUCUCUUCCGUGUCCUCCUUCAGAUAAAUGCUAAAGAUAUCAAACUAGGAGAUUCACAUGGAAAUCAACAAACAAAUCAUGGGAGCAACCAAAAGACCUUCUAUUAUUCUCUUGUAUAUUCUCUUUGUAGGUUUGCUUCCGUUGAAGAUCACAUCAUCACCAAGGACACAAGCAGAAGCUCUCAUCAAAUGGAAGAAUACCUUAUCUGUUCCACCACCUUCUCUCAAUUCUUGGUCCCUCAACAACCUUACCAGCCCUUGCAACUGGACUUCCAUUAUCUGCAACUCCUCUGGAGAUGUUUCUGAAGUAAACCUCUCUGGUCUAAACAUCUCUGGGACACUGGACGAAUUCAACUUCACAGAAUUUCCUCAUCUCACUAGUUUUAAUGCCAGCAACAAUUCUCUCUUUGGAUCAAUACCAUCAUCAAUUGGUACCCUUUCAGAGCUCACUUUCUUGGACUUGAGCACCAAUUUACUUGAAAACGAGGUGCCUGUAGAGUUGGGGAAUCUGACAGAGCUUCGUUAUCUUAGUCUCUUUAACAACAAUCUUAAUGGUACUGUUCCAUUUCAACUCAGCCAUCUUCAAAAGGUAUGGUACCUAGACUUUGGAUCAAACUUCUUAACAACUCCUGACUGGUCUCAAUUUUCCCCCAUGCCCUCAUUGACUCGCCUCAGCUUCUUUUUCAAUGAACUUACCUCAGAAUUCCCUGGUUUUAUACCCAAUUGCCGGAACUUAACUUAUCUGGAUUUGUCUUUGAAUACCCUUGAUGGUCAAAUACCAGAAUCUGUGUUUGCCAAUCUCAGCAACCUUCAACAUCUAAAUCUCAGUGAUAAUUCAUUUGCAGGAUCUUUGCCAUCAAACAUUUCUAAGCUUUCCAAUCUCAUUGAUCUUCGUAUAGCUAAUAACGAGCUCAAUGGUCCAAUUCCUGAGUCUAUAGGAUCCUUAUCUAAUCUUCAACUUCUGGAACUGUUUGGAAAUUCCUUUCAAGGUGGGAUUCCUCCUUCUCUAGGCCAGCUAAAGACUCUUCAACGUCUUGAUCUUCGGAUGAAUGCGUUGAAUUCCAGCAUACCUUCUGAGCUUGGUCUCUGCACUAACCUCACCUUCUUGGCCUUAGCUGUGAAUCAGCUUAGCGGAGAGUUACCUCUGUCAUUGUCCAAUUUGGUCAAAAUAUCUGAGCUUGGUUUGUCAGAUAAUUCUCUCUCUGGUGAGAUUUCACCUUCUCUAAUAGGUAACUGGACCGAAUUGUUCUCGUUGCAACUCCAAAACAAUUCCUUCGCUGGUGAAAUUCCAGAAGAAAUUGGCCAAUUGACAAAGCUCACCAUCCUCUAUCUGUUCAAUAACAACCUCUCUGGCUCAAUUCCCUCCGGGAUAGGGAACUUGAAUAAUCUGCUUGAAGUAGACCUUUCGGAAAACCAACUUUCAGGACCAAUCCCUGUCACAAUAUGGAACCUGACGAACCUCCAAGCCAUGCAGCUUUUCUCCAAUAACCUCAACGGCACGAUACCUCCGGAGAUUGGAAAUAUAAAAUCCCUGCUUUCUUUUAAUGUCAACACAAACCAACUCCAAGGGGAGUUGCCAGAGACCAUUUCUAACCUAACUAGUUUGCAGGGGUUUUCAGUUUUCACUAACAAUUUCGUAGGUACUAUUCCCAAGGAUUUUGGAAAAUUCAGUCCUGAUCUGGCCUCUGUUAGCUUCUCAAACAACAGCUUCUUUGGAGAGCUGCCGCCUGAAUUGUGCAGUGGUCUUGCUCUUCAAGAUUUUACUGUCAAUGGUAACAGAUUUACUGGUUCAUUGCCAAGCUGCUUGAAGAAUUGCACCAAUUUGACGAGAGUACGGCUUGAUAUGAACCAAUUCAAUGGUAGCAUCACGAAUGCUUUUGGAAUCCAUCCUUUUCUGGAAUUCAUUUCUCUAAAUGACAACCAGUUUACUGGUGAAAUCUCUCCAGAGUGGGGAGAAUGCAAAAACCUUACCAAUUUGCAAAUGGAUAAGAACAGAAUUUCUGGUACAAUCCCUGCUGCACUUGGAGAGUUGUCUCGGCUGUCUCUUCUAACCCUAGACUCCAAUGACUUGACAGGGGAGAUUCCUGAUGAGCUUGGAAACUUAAGCAUGUUGUUCGAGCUCGGUUUGAGCAGAAAUCAUUUGAUGGGGGAAAUUCCUAGUAGUAUAGGAAAUUUAAAGGAGCUCACACACCUUGAUUUCUCGAGUAAUCAUUUGACCGGAGAUAUACCGGAAGAGCUUGGCAAUUGCGACAGAUUAUUGAGCUUGAACCUGAGCCACAACAAUCUGUCUGGUGAAAUUCCAUUUGAGCUAAGCAACUUAAAUUCACUGCAGAUUUUGUUGGAUCUGAGUAGCAAUUCACUCUCAGGAGCAAUUCCUCAAGACUUGAGAAGACUUACUACAUUGGAAAGACUCAAUCUCUCACAUAACCAUCUCUCAGGGAGAAUUCCUCCAGCGUUAUCCGACAUGGUUAGUCUCCGUGUCUUUGAUUUCUCCUUCAAUGAGUUGACGGGUGAAGUCCCUAGUGAUGGCGUCUUCCAAGAUGCAAGUUCAACAUCUUUCAUUGGGAACCCAGACUUGUGUGGAGAUGUGGUUGGAUUAAAUCCUUGCAGCACAAAUUUAGGGACUGGCAGCAAUUCAGGAAUCAAAAAGAAAGUUCUCAUUGCUGUCCUUGUUCCUGUGUCAUUUCUUGUAUUAGUUGUUGCAACAAUUGUUCUUGUGAUUGUAACACGUGCUAAAAAAUCCAGUCCCACUGAUGAGGAAAGAAAAAGUAGAUCAAAUGAUGAUAGUUAUGCAUCGAUGAUAUGGGAAAGAGAAGGGAAAUUCACGUUUGGGGAUAUUGUGAAGGCCACUGAAGAUUUCAGUGAGAAGUAUUGCAUUGGUAAAGGAGGUUUUGGAAGCGUUUACAAGGCAGUGCUGCAAACAGGUCUAGUUGUUGCAGUUAAAAAACUUCAUAUGUCAGACUCUUCGGACAUUCCUCUGGUGAACCGUCAGAGUUUUGAAAACGAGAUUCGUAUGCUGACCGAAGCAAGACAUCGAAAUAUCAUAAAGCUGUAUGGGUUCUGUUCUCAGAGAGGAUGCUUGUAUCUGGUUUAUGAGUAUAUAGAGAGGGGUACUCUGAGAGAGGUUUUAUAUGGAGAAUUGGAGCUGGGCUGGGCUGCAAGAGUGAAAAUUGUGCAGGGAGUGGCUCAUGCAAUUUCUUAUUUGCACAAUGAUUGCUCUCCUCCCAUCGUACACAGGGACAUAUCCUUGAAUAACAUUUUGCUUGAGGCAGAUCUUGAGCCUCGUCUGUCAGAUUUUGGAACUGCUAGGCUUUUGAACCCAGAUUCAUCCAACUGGACUGCAGUUGUUGGAUCUUAUGGCUACAUGGCUCCAGAACUUGCCCAAACAAUGCACGUUACAGAUAAAUGUGAUGUCUACAGCUUUGGAGUAGUCACAUUAGAAGUCAUGAUGGGAAGACAUCCCGGAGAGCUGCUAAAUUUUCUUUCAUCAUUGACAAAAAUGUCAUCAUCAGACAGUCAACAAUUUUUUCUGACGGAAAUACUUGAUCAGCGACUGCAACCUCCAACAGGCCAAUUGGCAGAGGAAGUAGUGUUUAUAGUCACAGUAGCCUUGGCAUGCGUACGCAGCAAUCCAGAAUCAAGACCUACCAUGCGUUCUAUAGCACAAGAAUUAUCAGCAAGGACCCAGGCUUACCUAUCUGAGCCAUUGGCAACGAUAACUCUCAGCAAACUAACAGGAUUUCAAAAAUAGAAUUAGGCAGAUCACAGAUUCUUGUGUGAACUCAGUUUCAUGCCACCACAUUCAAGUUCAAAUUUUGUAUAAAUAUAGUCAAGUAGUCAUGUAAUAGCUCUGCUUCCUAGAUUAAUUAUUCAAGUUCAAAUCAAAAGUUGAUGAUAUACUAUCAUCACAAAGACUUGAUAAUAUUAAAUAGCUGAUCCUAUCCAAUUGUCAAAAAGAAUUUGAUCUUGCUGUGGUUGACCAAAUCUAUUAUUUACAUUAACAUGAAUGACAUUGCCA